UCAUUUUGUGCAUUUCGAUGUUACGGCGAUUUAUCACCACGCGCGUUUCCCGUGUCACCGUUUUGCUUGAUAAAUAGCUUACUGUAUAUCGCACGAGCGCCGUCAUUUAGGGAAGUGCGGGUCUGUGGAGACGGACUUGCUGUCACUGCACGAACACACGCCCAUUUUCAAUGAACCGAUCAAAAUAAUGACUCAGGGAAUAAACAUUAGACGUGCCGGACGAUGCAAAAUACGCCGUGGUAUUGAAACCAAGCGCAGUGGGCUUUUGUGGGAUGUGGAUAUUUCGAAUGAGAUUUCAACCCCUCCGGUACAGGCCGUCGAAAUGUUAUGACAAAUACAGACGUGUUGUUGGGUGUUUUUCCAGAAAUGAACGUCUCUCGAGCCUCGACGGCGGCUCGCGCAUAAACAUUGAAAACGCGCGUGGCAUUCUGGCACCUGUGUGUGCGGAUUCUCCGCGGUGCGCGGCGCUUCCUGCCUCUUGUGUCCUGAUUUCUGGGGAACAAUGGACAAGGAGUCCCAAACUAAAGCAGAACCUCCAAAGAGCGCAGUCAACACCACAACCACAACAGCGGUGAACACUUCCCAUCAGGCCAAUGGUGCCCCCAAAACCCCCCCUGCUCUCACAACUGUGACCACCUUCCACAAUCAACCCCCCUCCACCGACAGAAAAGUGGUUCAGGUCAAUCUGUCUGGGGACCGACUGGCUCCUUCUUUCUCACCAAGUGAGAGAGCCAGCCAAGCUUCAUCUUCCCAGCAGACCCCAAAAACGGUUUCUCUGCCCAACACACCCGGAUCGACGCCCCUUAUCAGAGGAAGCCCAAGCACGGCUACAGCCAUUCGUAAGAUCUCCCCUCAAGCUCUGCUUUUGGGAAAGAGCCCGGGUACGAGCCAGGCCCAGAUGCUGCUGAGGGCUCAGAUGUUGAUUUUAACGUCUGCUGUACGGCCCGAUGUACCUGCACUCUCCUCUGCCUCUUCCUCAUACUCCUCUUCCUCCACUCCUUCCUCUUCCUCACCUCGAUUUCCCUCAACGCAGCUCCAGAGUUUGACUCUUCGUCCACCUCCACCUGGCACCCUCACCAUCCCUCCAAACCUACCGCUGAAGCCAACAACUUCAAGUCAACCCCCUCCGCUUUCUUGUCGAUUACCAACUUUCCAUCUGAGACCCAGCAAGCCGGCAAACGCUCCGGGGAAUGAGGGACCUGCUAAGACAGAAGCCUCAACAUCACCGACGACUCAGACAAAAGCACCACAUGUGCGUCAUCUCACGGUUCCACCUCCCUCUCUGUAUGCACCUGCACAGGCCCAUGCCUUAGCCAAACAGAAGCUGAACAGCAGCAGUCUCAAAAGACCCCACAGUCAGAUCAGCAUCCCCCAGCACCCUUUCAAUCAAAGACACACCCCGCCAAACUCUCCACCCUCCACACCAAAGAAGCCACUUCCAGAAUUAAAGCGCUGCCCAUCCACCCAGUCGUCCCAAAGUCCGUCUGGUUGUUCUGUACCCAUCACGGUUCCCUCUCCCGUAAGAUCCCAUCUCACACCCCCAACUCUGACUUUACCCUUGAGGUCUCCAUCAGCCGGUGGAUCUCUACUGGCUACAAAACAGCUGCUGAGGAUCGCUUUGUCCUCUGCAUCUGCCAAGUGCACCAAUGGCCAGUCAAAGGCAGCCACUGUGUCUCCAUCCCAUGAUCCCCACCAAUUAAAGCCACAUCUCUCACCUGUUCUUGCUAAACCAGAGUGCCCCAACCAGCCAAUACGGACUCCAAACCCCUGCCCGCAACUGGUGCAGCUGUCACCGUCCAGACAAACAACAGCAGCCACACCUCUGGUCACCACCCCUCCGCUGGCAUCUCCACAAAGGGCAUCGCCACCUUCUCCUGUGCUGCCUCUGGUGUCCACCAGCAGCAUUCUCGCACCUCCACAGUCCCCGCUGACCGCGCAGAGUCCCACACGAGCAGCCGAGACAUCAAAAGAGCAGAAAGACAGGAAGGCCGAGCGGAAGGAGAGCGAAGGAUCAGAACAGACUCGUGAUCUUAAAUGUCCGACACUCCAGAAGAAAAAUGCAGGACAAAACCAAAUCACCCAGACUGCCACAGUGGAUCAGCAGUCCAGCGAAGUUUUUGAGAAGUCAAUGGUCUUUAAUAAGACGACAGUCUGCACAGACGAUUUGAGAACUGACGGCCAGAUAAAGACAUCACAGAAGAGUGAGACACGCUUACCUUCAGCUCCAUCAUGGCAGGGUGAGAAAGACGACCAGUGUGAAGAAACAUCAACACAGUCCGACAAUCACUCAGCAAUCUCCAGCCUCUCUUCAGACAUGUCACCCAUCCAGACGUCCAUCACUCAGCCACUAGACAUGUCCCCCGUCGAUAGUUGCUUUCCCCCAAAAUUUCACCCAGUAUUGGAAAGGCAACUGGUUCAACCUCCAACAUUCAGCCAGACAAAGCCCACAGAGGUUCAGCAGACAUCAGGAGCGCCCAAACCUGUGGUCCUGACACACCUUGUGGAAGGUUUCAUUAUACAGGAGGGACUGGAACCAUUUCCGGUGAGUAAAUCAUCUCUGAUGGUGGGUCCCAUUCGAGAGCCCGGGCUAAAUGGGGUGAGAGAAGCAGAACUUAUCCCAUCCAGUUCAGAACCGCCCGACGACACCACAGACUCGGAUGAUGAGGAUAUGGUUACAAACAAUAGUGUUGGAGGGACUCGCAAGCUUGUUCUGCAGUGCCAGUUUUGCAAGAGGAAAGGCACUGCCCAAACUUUCCCACGGUCAAAACGUUUCUGCUCCAAAUCGUGUGCCAAGAGGUUCAGUUACACCAAACGUUUCCGCGCACUCAGGCGCUGUGUAAGUGAGGGUGGGCACCGGACUGAACUCAAUGGUGCUGGGGACAAUAGCGAAGGAAAUUUCCACCAGAUGAGACAUGCGACCACAGAGCAGUGGAGAAUCCUUCAACAGCCUCCACAUGAAGGCGAAGAUGGGACAGCCAUUCCUAUGAAGACGAGGCUUCGCAGGCACACGGAACAGGAACGCGAGCGAGAGAUAAGAGCCAGACCAAUGGUGGAACUGACAAGAAGUGCUCCUACUUCACCCAUAGACCCUGUGUCACCUAUCGAUGUCUCUCCCUAUCCCAAACCAUCUCAGUGGUCUGUGGAUCAAGUGUCAAGCUUUAUAUCCAACUUACCAGGGUGUCAAGACAUUGCAGAAUCGUUCCGGGCCCAAGAGAUAGACGGCCAGGCCCUGCUUCUAUUGACCGAAGACCAUCUGAUGAGCGCCAUGAACGUGAAACUCGGGCCCGCUCUCAAAAUAUGCGCCCGCAUAAACUCCCUGAAAGAAGGCGGAAGAUAAAAUGAAACAGAUAGAAAAAGAAGAGGUAUAUCUUUGUGGACCAUAAGAGCACUUGCCAAUAGAAUAGAGCCAUUUCGUGCACUUUAAUCUUCAGAGAUUUAUGCGAUAAUUUCAAUGUUAUGAGAAAGCUUACAUGUAUUUGCUUGAACUAAACUAGCAAAAUCUUACAGUACUUGUAAACUUAGCCUCUGUCUGAAAGCAUGGUAGCAAUAUAAUGGUCUCAGUCUGUGAGCGAUUUAUAGGUUGUUUAUUUAAUCGGAAACUGUUAGUCUCCUUUUUUUGUAUGGGUAAUUAUGAUCAGGGUCACUGAUUUUAUAUUUUUGACUAAAAGCAAAGGAGAUCACUUUCUCGCUCAGCGCGGAGAGGCUCGACAAAUACGGAAGUGCUGUUAUUGUGUGCAUGUCCCAUUGUAUAUAUUUUCCUAUUGUAUUCCAUAUGUAUACAUGUAUAACAAUGCAGUGUUCUGUGUGUAUAAAUUAAAAAAAGAAAAUGUUUUGUGAAGGAUUUGUAAUAUUUAAUAUAUUUGUCUUCUAAGGCUCUAGAACGUACAAACGCGAAUCGUUUUUAAACAUUUUUAAAGGACAUUUGAGAUACUGAGAUAAAUUUUGUGAAAUCUUCGCAGUGGUACUGUGUAAAUCAAACAGCAGAAGACAAAAUGAAGGUACCUGAAGGCAAUCAAGGCAGUGAAAAGGUGCCUUUUUUCUGAGACCCUAUUAAACUACUGUAGGCAUUUUGCUGAGGCAAACCAUGUACUAGAUAGUGUCAUCAUUAAAGUGUUGUUUCUCAUUGUUACAUUACUUUUCUUGUGCCACUUUGAUUAUUUAAUUAAACCGACUACAUUUUGUUACAGAA